GUUUCCACCGGGGACAGUCCCGUUGAGUGGAGCGGCGGCACGGACCGACAUUUUCAUCCCGAGUCCCGACAAACACAGCAAAAUAAAAAGAAGACGAAGAAGAAGAAGAGCCGAAGAAGCGAAACCAGUCUUUCUUGUUUGAAGUCAAAGUUCAGCAGUCAUCAUGGCCGACGAAUCAGACAUGCGCAAUGAGCUGGCCGACCUGCAGACACGCGCAGACCAGAUAGCGGAUGAGUCUCUGGAGAGCACUCGGCGUAUGCUGGCUCUAGUCGAGGAGAGUAAAGAUGCCGGCAUCAGGACUCUGGUCAUGUUGGAUGAGCAGGGAGAACAACUUGAUCGUGUGGAGGAGGGCAUGAACAAGGUGAACGCAGACCUGAAGGAGGCCGAGAAAGAUUUAAAAGAUAUAGGACAAUGCUGUGGUCUGAUAUGCCCAUGUAUUAAAAAGAUUAAGGGCGGGGGCCAGGCUUGGGGAGGGAACCAGGAUGGAGUGGUGAACAGCCAGCCAGGGGCUCGAGUGGUGGACGAACGUGAACAGAUGGCCAUCAGUGGGGGCUUCAUCCGCAGGGUAACAGAUGAUGCCAGGGAGAAUGAGAUGGAUGAGAACCUGGAGCAGGUGGGCGGGAUCAUUGGCAAUCUGCGUCACAUGGCCCUGGACAUGGGCCAGGAGAUCGACACCCAGAACCGCCAGAUCGAUAGGAUCAUGGAGAAGGCCGACUCCAACAAGACCAGGAUUGACGAGGCCAACCAGCGUGCUACAAAGAUGUUGGGCAGUGGCUAAACUGCAGCGAAAAAGUGCUUUCAUCCCCGUUAACCCCCAUCACCCGAAAAAUAACAACACCAACCAAGCCCAGCCCCCAACACCAACGCCCAGCGCCCACCUCCUAUGCUCGACAGCAGGCGCUGCAACAUCAUGCUUUUAUUGUGAUACUUGUAGAGGUUUGCACACAUGCACAUAUCAUACAUCCCUCUGCCCCCCUUUCAGUCCUGCCCAUCACUUCCCUCUCCCUUCCCUCCCCUUGUUGUCAAUGUUGUUCUGUGGUGUCGCUCUUUUGAUUUUGUGAAGAAACAAUAUUUCUGUCACACAUCGUCCACUCAGACUCUCUCCACUCUGUACAUAGUGCUUCUUAAAUGGCUUCAUUCCAGAUCGUUUGUCCUGUUUUCUUCAUCACCCUUUUUUUUUAAGUCUGCGUGUAACAUGAACUGUAUGAACACGUUGUUCCGAGAUGUCCUUCCCCCAUGUCAGUGUUCUGAUGUUGUCCAUGUAAGGCACACUGUGUAUCCAUCAGUUAAGAUGUCGUGAUGCUACAUGAUAAGGCCACAGUGAAUACUUGCUGUGAAUACAGUGAACGUAGAGCCGUCACAGCUCGUAACCAAGGCCACUGUUUGAAUACAAAUUCAUUCAAUGUAGAUGUGGAGCCACUCAGAUCUUAAUAUCAUAGUAAAGCAUGGAUACUCAGCGAAGUCUCUGUAAGUAUUUGAGGCAUCUGGAUGAAAAGGUGGCUUUUUGAUCCUGAUUGUUAGUGUAUUUUACCAACUCUAUUGAUGGAGCAGUAUUAACACAAUUUGAUGCUAUUGAUUGUAUAGUAUGUACCUUUUCCUCAGGGAGCUAAAUCUGACCAUUCAAAGGCAAGGGUUGAAUAUUUAACUGAUUUGUUGUAAUUCAUAAAAACUUUAUCACGAGGCUCAGUGUUUAUGCAGAUAUUUGUUUGUGAUCCGAACAGCGCUGUUGUUGAGACUCUUGUUUAACCAUGAAAAACAUCGGGCAUUAACCAGAAUAGCCAACAUUGACUGAUUGAUAACGAAAGCAGGUGGAGCUUUGCUGGAGGCCAGAGUUCAACAGCAAUCAAUUCAACCGUUAGGAAAAGUUACAGGUGCGUCAACAACCUCUUCACACACCAGGCCAGACUGCUUUUACCCAUGAUUCAACCCUAGCAAUAUCAAGUAGCGCGUUAAGUGUGUUAUGCAUGUCCAUCCGCUGCUAGAUGACACUGAAUAAUUCAUUUAUCCAGGCAAAAAUAUUCUAACAUGGCAACUGCAUGCUACAUAUGUAGGCCACACAGAGGAGAGGCCCAUAUUUAUCUGCAAUAGUGCCACUCUUUGUUUCAUGUCUCUUUACCUUUCCAGACUGUGACCACCACUGUAAAUUAAUACCUUGGAAAAUGCCAAUAAAACCAUCAUAACUG